UUUUGAUUAAUCAAUCUUAUCCAAUUCUCACCCAUUCCGGCCCAGUCAACAUUCCAGGCAGCUGGAAUUGAAAAUUCUUUUUAAUGAAGUGUUGGCCAAGUCUCCCCCCACCAAACUUGCUUCUAAAACUAAAACACAAAAAGACGUUCCUUCUCUUUCUUUCUUUCUUUCUUUCUUUCACUCCCUUGAUGCAAAGUCGAUGCCAAAAGAAACAAAACCUUGACAUUCCAAGUUCCCACCAAUCAACUCUCACCACAUAAUCAAAUAUCAUCCUCACGUGACCGAAAAACUAAACACGAAAAUACAAUUUCCAUAUGGUAAAGCAACACAUUCUUUCUGUCAAGUACAAGAAACGAAUCACUUCGUGACUUCAGCCGUUCAUCUCUUUUCAGAGAUCCUUCUCAGUUCUCAUCUGGUCACCCAUAAAACGACACAUUUUAACGUACAAUUUUCUAGCAGAGAACUGAAAAUACCAAAAGACUAAAUUAUCCUUUUUGAAUAUUAUGUUUUACGCCAAUUUUUUGGCUUUUUUUUCUUUGGCAAUUGGCAUUGAUUACUAGAAUCAGGGAAGCUAUAACGUGGAUGUCGAGGAGAAAGCUGAAUCCGUAUCUUUGUUUUUGAGAUUUUGUGGGGCUUGUUGAUGGGUUUGUAGUAAUACUAACUCUCUCAUUUUUCAUUUUUUUUUAAAGAUUUUUUUUAUUGAAUUUUAUUAGACGAUAAAUUUUGAAAUUUGCUCUCUGGGUUUCUUGACUGAUUUCAUUUUCCCUGUGGGUUUCAUUUUUCAUUGAAUUUUAUUCAAUUUUCAAUUCAAUUCCUUAGAAUUUUGAUUAAAAAAAAUGAAGUUAUGGUUUUGACAUUGGAAUUGGGUUUAACAGUAAAGUACGCCUCUUACUAGAUUCUUUAUGGAUAUUCUAUUUCAGAAAGUGGGGUUUUUAGUUCUUGUAAAUAUUGGUUUUUUUUUUUCUUUUUGGGGUUUAAUAUUGUGUGAGAGGGUGGAAAAAAUGUCUGGUGGGACACCAGUUGCUGGUGGAUAUAUGAGGCAAAGGCAUAGUCAAGGAUAUGCAUCAGGCAAUGAGGACCUUGAGGAUGAUGCUUGCUCAAGGUUACAGCCUAUGUCACUGGAAACUCCGAGAACUAGAACUUGGACUGAGAUUCUGGAGAAUGUGCUUUGGGUUGGUUCAGCAUUGUUCAUUAUCUACUUUGGUGAUAGGCACUACAAUUUGAUAUAUCUAUUGUGGCACGAUGAGCGAAUCAGAAGAAUGCCUUUAUACCUUGGCUUGGUAGGGAUUGGAUUGAACGUUGCCAUCUUCUUUUGUACGAGUAUGCUAGCGUGGCGUGCAAGAAGGUGUGACGAAAAGUGGGAAUUGUUAAGCAUUACAGCUUUGCCAUUUCUUACCUUGCUCGGACUUGUCUCCUUUUGUUUGCUCUGCUUUGCUCUGUGGCCUAUUUGGGGUUUCCUAUCCCUUCCUCUUCUGUUCACGCUGUUUAUGGCUGGCUUGGUUGCAUAUCCUCAUAUCAUGAUUAAGACAUUGAGGCCACAAAAUGAUAUUUCCCGCAUAGAUUAAGCAUUUCUGAUAUAAAAACACAGUACAGACUUGCAUGAAGAUACUAUCUAAAAGAUGGAUGGUUGGCAGUAUCAGCUAUUGACUGGAGUUUUUUCAGCAUUCUGCUUUGCUUCUCGUGACACUUUUUGGCUUGUUGGUGCCGAUGAUGACACAGCUGAUUGUCUUUAAUCAGUCUGAUUUUACAUUUGCAAUGUCGACCUUGCCUUGAUGUUGCUUGAUGCACCUUGUUAUUGCGUCUUAGGAUUUUGAGUACUAUUAUCAAAUAUGGGGGGCAGGUCUCUUCUACUUUUUAACUUAUGUGUUCGUCUGAUGAUAUUGAGGCAUCAUUUAGUGAUAGACAGGAUUGUUCUUUCAGAUGAAAUUCUUUUAUACUGAACCACAUCUGUUUUGCAGAGAAGGAUCUGAAAUGAAAAGGAUAUACCGAAAAGAGCAUGGUUUUUGUAUUACAGGGAAAUUUAUCCUCUCUUGUUUCGUGACUUUCCCCCUUGUUGCUUAGUUGCAAGUACUGGUGGAUGAUUUCAUAAUAUUGCGAGAUGUUGGACUCAUUCAAAGAAGGUUCUUACAAAUGAGGGUCCGUUAGGGAUGUAUUCAUAAAACGUUACCCACGAUGUGGUGGGGUGGUUAUGCUUGACCAAUUUAAAUACUGAAAAAUCAGAAGUAUUUCGUCAUACUUAAGAUCUUGAAACAUGAUAAGCAUAAUCAAAUACUAACAAUAUCCCAAAGGCCGAAAGUGAAAUCUUGAGCCUGACAUGCAUUUGAAUUUUUUUUCUUGGAUUUCGACAAUGUUCGCUUUCCAAACGUAACAAAACAUUUUCAUCCACAAAAAGAAACGAAAAACUUAGCAAAGCAUUAGUUUAAUUGAUAGAGAAGAAUGAUGAAUAGACACUUCAUCAACUCCAAUAUUCCUCUGAUGUCUUGUAGACCUUGUCUUCUCCGAAGAGAGGAGUAAAUGAUGAAUAAAUAAAGACAUGGAAACAAAUUGGCAAGAAUCCUUUAUCUCUACAAUCCUACAAUUCAUCGAGUUGGUGAUGGGUUGGCUGAUAAUAGUGAUAUAGUAUUCAUUGUUGAAGCCAUCCAUAGUUUUUGGCUCAUUUUUUUUUCCUCUUGCCAUACGCUUGAUAUUCAUUCUAGAUGCUAUAGUUGUCCCCUAAUCCAAAUGUCUGAGUCCAAGAAUUCAGAAAAAAAAAAAAUUAAAAGGGUUCAGCGAGGUGAUAAUUAUUUGU